AUGAAGAAGGUCCUCAGUCUCCUUCCUCUAGCCCUUGUCAUACCAGCAAUCCUCGCAGCGCCAGCCGAGGACACACAAGUCGUUCUUGGUGGGACUAGCCCUGUUCAAAAUGGUCUCUUCCACCUGCCAGGUGCCGAGAGAGUGCAUCAAUGGUUUGAAGAUGGGAAGCAGUUCAUCAAGCAACACGGCUUAACCUAUGAGCUGGUUCAACACCCUCAUUUUGGUGACUAUAAGCUCAGGGUCACGGAGCCCAAGCUUUGUGACCCUUCGGUGAAACAGUACUCCGGUUACCUUGAUAUCACCGAUGAUAAGCAUCUGUUCUUCUGGUUCUUUGAGUCACGCACCUCUCCUGAAGAUGCGCCCCUUGUAAUGUGGCUUAACGGCGGCCCAGGGUGUAGCUCGUCUACCGGCCUUCUGUUUGAACUUGGUCCCUGUAAUAUCGCCGACGAAGGUGCCAACACGACGUUCAACCCCCACAGCUGGAAUACCCACGCGAACAUUAUCUUCCUUGACCAGCCCAUUAACGUUGGAUAUUCGUACUCUGAAGAUGGCAGCACCGUUGACACGAGCCCUGUUGCUGGAAAGGAUGUGUAUGCCUUCAUGGAACUCUUCCUCACCCGCUUUCCCGAAUACUCCACUCAACCUUUCCAUCUCGCUGCCGAGAGUUAUGGCGGCACCUAUGUUCCGAACAUUGCAAACGUCAUCUACACCGAGAAUCAACAGCUUCCUCUUUCGCCCGAGGCUGGACUUGUCAAGAUCAACCUUGCCUCUGUUAUGAUAGGCAAUGGAAUGACCGACAACUACAUCCAAAUGGCAUCGAUACCUGACUUAUCUCUGCGAAGGACCAGGCUGAUCCAAUCUUGUCGCUCUUUUAAUUCCCGCUUAACCUGCGUACCUGCUGCGUUGUAUUGCAACUCUCAGCUUUACGCUCCCAUCCAACAAUCCGGCCUCAACCCUUACGAUGCGCGUAUCAAAUGUGAUCCUGAGACAGACGGCCCUCUAUGUUACCGUCAGAUGGGUUGGAUUGAGACUUAUAUGAACGAUCCUGCUGUCAAAGCUGCUCUUGGUGUGAAUCCCGAGCGCAAAUUCGAGUCGUGUAACAUGGCUGUCAAUCAGGCAUUUAUGCUUCAGGGUGAUUCGAUGCGUAAUACACCGCUUUUGCUGACAGAUAUGAUCAAUGAUGGUGUCAGGCUGUUGAUCUAUGCUGGUAACGCGGAUAUGAUGUGCAAUUACAUGGGCAACGAACGUUGGCUCGAACAACUUGACACUAUCUUCUUGGACGAGUUCUCCACGGCUACGACUGAGCAGUGGGUAACGAUACGUUCUGGAAAGGUAGCCGGUACUGUCCGGUCUGCCGGUGGCGGUGGUUCUGGCGCUGGAAACGUAACCUUCGUUACUGUUUACGAAUCUGGGCACAUGGUUCCUUACGACCAACCUGAAGCUGCCUUGGACAUGAUGACGAGGUGGAUCAUGGACAUCCCGCUCACGCUCGAUAUCACGGAGGCAGCGCCUCUCGUGCCCUUCGGAGGAAUAUAAAUUGAACGUCCAUCUCACAGACAACCUAAGGCGCCUUGUAUUAUUAGAUAAUGGGCCUUACUUAUCGCACUUGACAUGAGCCCUAAUUGGGCUGUUGCAGCUUUCUCACUGCAUCGCCGUGACACGUUUUUACGAAUGUUUGUCUAGAACGUCAUUCAACGUGCUCCUCAUGUUUCGGUCGUGAGAACCAACCCCUGUUUUCAACACGUAC